GCCUCUCAAACGCGACGCAUCUCUCGUCCGUUCGUGCGAUAUCUCGCGUUUCUCACGACAAUCUCGAGCCCCGUAUCUUCUUCUCCCCCUCUUCGAAAAGUCGUCCCGCAACUCCGCCACCUUCUGUAAGAAUAAUCUCCAAGGGUGCGAUACAGGACUUACGUUAAUUGAACAAUUUUCAACCUGAAUUAAAUAAUAUAUUAGCUGCUUUUGAAAACCCAUGUGUUUCUAAUCUCACGUACGGUGUCUGCUGUGGCGAGGCUGGAAAAUCGGUUUUUAACCUGCACAUCGGCGAUGGUGAUUUUGAACACUUAAAUUAUAUAACCCGCGAAUGAUCACGGUUGUUUAAUUGUACAGGAAAUGAUGAUAUUUCUCACAUUGCACUUUGUAAAAUAGCAACUGUGUCAGGGUUUAAAUUUUUCAACAAACAUAUACACACACAUAUUGCGUUCUAAACGAUCUGUAUUAAUUUUACGAUAGUAUAGAAAUACGUAGUACGAUAGCGAAGAUUCAGCUGUGAUCGAGCACGUAUUUAGUUACAUAUGCGAUUUAAAAAGAAACGAAAGAAGAAAAUCCGUCUCAUUUCAUCUUAAUUAUACACGUGUAAAAAACCUAGUGACGAAUCGUGAAAAACCACAAUAUUAUAUGCAUCGUAAGGUCGUUAAAUAUACGUGAACACGGUUAUUUGUUCCGCGAGUGAGUUAGCUGUCAUCUCCCACACAUCCCAACCAACAUUUAUCGUCAUUUCAGCCGCGCCAGACUGGCGCGUAAAACCUAAUUCCGACCACUAAACUUGUCAACGUUUAACCAACGCGAAACACAAGCAACCAUUAAUAUAAGUGAUAAGAAGCAUUGAGUAAGUGACUGGCGUUGUAAAGUAUACGUUAACAGAUUUAUACCACGGGUCAAACACGAUUACGCACGUGUCGCCUAUGGUUCGAGAAAUAGGGUUCAAUUAAGACACGGUACCCGAGUUAUCCGUCCAAAUUUCGCGGACCACGUCAGAAACGAGGAGAAAUUUUUUUUGAAUAUCGUUGGCUAACUUUGUUCGGCACAACUGAUAAAGCGAGUGAAACGCAAGAGUCAAACCAUCCCUGGAGUGUCCGGCAGACAAGCGAUAUAACAAAGACUCCAAUCAGGGCUGGAAGCUGCUGCAGGCUGGCGUUGAUCAAGAAAUCGCUAGCGCAACUUCAACUAUCAUUAACUGAGGUUUGAAAACACUGAUGUGCUGCUCGCAAAACAAGACAAGCGUGACGGCGAUAUUAGCUGAAUAAAGACGUCGAGCGUGGCGGAUCUGUCAGUCAUAUAUCUUUCCAGCGAGUCAACUGUUUCACAAACCUUCCACAAUGGCUGCCAGUUUAUGACAAAUCUGGCUGUCGGGCUGAUUGAUUGAGUGAGAAAUCAGAAGCGAAGCAAGUCCGAGGAUCGAAAACUGGGGAGUAAAGUUGAACCGGGAAUCAUUUUUGUCUCCAAGUCUCCAACGUGGCUAAGAGCCUAAGCCCGCGUCGAGUGCACCAGGAGUGCUCAGGGGUGGAGGUGGAGGUGCAAGUGCAGGUGCAGGAAAGGCGAGUUGGGGCAGUGAGGCGCAUGCCUUACCUGGGGCCUGACAUGACAUCCCGGCUGUCAGCCUUGUUCUACACGGUCGAGGUCGGGGACACAAAGUUCACCAUCCUCAAACGCUACCAAAACCUCAAGCCAAUUGGAUCCGGAGCCCAGGGUAUCGUCUGUGCGGCCUACGAUACAGUGACAGCGCAAAAUGUCGCCAUCAAGAAGCUGUCCAGACCGUUUCAGAAUGUAACACACGCGAAACGAGCUUACAGGGAAUUCAAGCUCAUGAAACUCGUGAACCAUAAAAACAUCAUCGGACUUCUGAAUGCAUUCACACCUCAACGAUCCUUGGACGAGUUCCAAGACGUCUACCUCGUUAUGGAGCUGAUGGAUGCCAAUCUGUGCCAGGUGAUCCAAAUGGAUUUGGAUCACGAACGCAUGUCCUAUCUCCUGUAUCAGAUGCUCUGUGGAAUCAAGCACUUACAUUCCGCUGGCAUUAUUCAUAGGGAUCUAAAGCCGAGCAAUAUUGUUGUGAAAUCGGAUUGUACCCUGAAAAUAUUGGACUUUGGUCUGGCCAGGACUGCCGGCACAACGUUCAUGAUGACGCCGUACGUCGUGACGCGAUAUUAUCGAGCACCCGAGGUAAUUCUUGGCAUGGGAUACAAAGAGAACGUGGAUAUCUGGUCGGUCGGAUGCAUUAUGGGAGAGAUGAUUCGAGGUGGCGUCUUGUUCCCCGGAACCGAUCACAUUGAUCAGUGGAACAAAAUCAUUGAGCAAUUAGGAACACCUGCAGCAGAGUUUAUGCAACGACUGCAGCCGACGGUGAGGAAUUACGUUGAAAACAGGCCGAGAUAUCCUGGAUAUCCUUUCGACAGGCUUUUCCCAGACGUCUUGUUUCCGUCAGAUUCCUCUGAACACAACAGGCUAAAAGGUAGAGCGAGUCAAGCCAGAGACCUUCUUUCACGUAUGCUUGUCAUCGAUCCCGAGCGACGAAUCUCUGUGGAUGAUGCGCUGCUGCAUAACUACAUCAACGUCUGGUACGACGAAGGAGAAGUUAACGCUCCUGCACCUGGACCGUACGAUCACAGCGUCGAUGAGAGGGAACACACCGUGGAUCAGUGGAAGGAGUUAAUUUAUCAAGAAGUAAUGGAAUACGAAACAAGCCAUAACCCAGUUGCCGUUGCACAACCCGCAGAUUCAGCUGGAUCACGGUAGACACUGGCUGGAAUUCUGUAUUUUCAAAAUACGCGACAGUCUGAGUUAUAGUAACGGUGAAUUAGAGGAAGAAAGCAAAGAUAACACGAAUAAAGUCGCAAUCUGCCCUAAAAUGGAGUCCAAGCAGUCCAAGCACUGCUCUAUGAGGUAAUCUCAAUACAAAAAAAAAAAAAGAAAACCAAGACAAAACUGAUUUAAACAAAACAAAAAUCUGAUAAAUGAUGGGUAAUUUCAUAUAAGAAAGGGUUGUUUGUGUGGACGUUAAGAUUUCGUUCUUACGAGUCAGUUGCGUUUGGAGAAAUUUACGUAAGAUUUUUCUAGAAAAAAAAAACAAAAAACAAAAAAAAAAAACUAAUGUAAAAAAAAAAUAUAACAAAAAACGCAAAUAAAAAUAAAACCUUCCUGCACCUCGUUUCUUACAAGUAAGCUUCGGUAAGUUACUUGUAAGCUUCUUACAAGCAACCUAAUUAUUGUGGUAUGAACCAAUACACAGACUUUCUCGAACUGUAAAGCGACUGCUUCCGAUUAAUGAGUACAUUAUUAUUUGGACUUUCGAUACUGUGACACAAGUUUUUCCGCUAUCAUAAUAACAGCGAAAAGAAAAAGUGCUUGUGUUUGUAUUUAAAAAAAUGAAAUUGCAGUCUCAACCAAAAGUCUUUGUUCACAAGUUUUUUGGGCAAUUGUAAACUAUUCUUUGCGAGAUCGCAGAGUAAGUCAAAGGGGGUGACGACUUACUGGUUUCAUUAUAAAAAUAUAUCCGACCUGCAUUCUUUAAGCAUUUCGAACCAAACUGAUACUCUGGAUGAUUGUACACACUGAAAAGUGGUAUUUUCUACGUUGUACAGUAAAAAUUGGUACUGGAAGAAUGGAUCACAUUAAUCACAGUGACUGGCUUUUUAUGUGAAAUGUCAAACCGCAUCGACGACAUUCAAUUUACAAUCGGUUCGCAUAUUUUGCUACUACGGAAUGUGAUGGAAAGUGAUUAACUGCGUGAAAACCGCAAAGCUUAAGAGAAUUGGUAAACAUCUAAAUAUUCCUUGAAUAAGAGAGUGUGGCAGACUAUUCAAAAUCCGAGCAAUGAAAUUCAGUAUCUCGAGGGUUAAAUUAUACACAUUUUUAGCUUGAAAUCAACAAAUUUUGCCGUUUGACUUACUUCGUGUUAUACAUGUUGCAAAAAGUCUAACUAGGACCAUCGGUAUGAGAUGCGAUUCACUGCCUGUGAAGAAUAAUUGUGUAUCUCACAUUAUUUCGACAGUUCUUUAGAUGAAUAGAACGUUUUGACGAAGCUGGAAGAUGUAAACGUAAACGUUUUGUCUUCGAUACUUUUCUAUACGGUUUUAAAUAAUACCUAUACCUCAUGGGUUUAUAACAGCACUUUUCAUAUUGUGUAGAGACACUUUCUAUCGUAUUCCGAGUCGUUACCAGGAUCAGUCUGUUUUGAACUGACGACUGUGAAGCAAUUUUUACAAUUUGGUAAAAUGCUUUGACAUGUCUAUGAAUGCAUGUUUUACAAUGUGCAAUUACUAUCAUCGUGAAAAUCGUUGUUCAUUUGCUGCUGUGGCGACUUACAGGUCGACCGAAACCUCUUGUAUACGUUAUUGUUGAUGCAUAAUGUUCGAUUUUUCUUACUUAAAAAUUCCCAAUCAAAUUUUGUGUCAAUAAUCACACUAAGAACAUCGAUAACAAUAAUUGUAUAAAAAUUAUAUUCAUACAAAACUAUUAUGGGAAUAAAUGAUACGCAUUCCCGUAUAGUCGUUAAAAUUCAGUCGUUCAUUUUAAUUUGAUUUUGAAAUCGUUAAUUUGUUCGGUUUUUUACGUUUUCGAGGUAAUAAUCACUUUGCAGCAGCAAUAGAACAACUCAUGUAUAACGUAACUCGUUUUCAUAAUGAAACAAGUUGUAGUGUGUCGAAAACAACUCUUCGUUUGUAGAAGAAAAAUUAAUGGCAUUGUCUCAAAUUUUCAAUUUUCUUCGUUACACGUUAAUCAAUUGAUUAUCUAGACGAAAUUAGAGAAGUAUUUGAAUAGGAGCCUGCCAUAAAUUAUUCCAGCGUACAUUUGGCACAGUGAUCUCACAGGUCAAUGAAAUCCAACGAAGCAUCUUUUUCGAAGAUUAUUCUAAUCUCGUUGAAAACGAUGUAGCAAGGGAACAUUUGAAUAUCAUUUAACUCAGAAAUAUUGUCUAUCAUCUGAACGAAAUUGAUCAGUACUGCCACUGUAAGAAAAAACAAUAACAACAGCGAUGCAAUAUUUGGUUUGCCGUGUUAGAUGAUACAAUUUUUUACUAAUUAUGUUACAUCAGAAAAUUAUUACGAAACAUGAUGAAACGUGGUUUUAUCAAUGAACUUUUACCGCAUAUUCCUAAGUUUUUACGUCCCCGUUGCUCAUAAAUUACCGAGCAAACGAGGAGUAAAAAACUAAAAUAAAGGUAAAAAAAAAAAAUAAUAAUAAUAAAUAGUAAUAAACUUACUUAGGUAAAGUUGAACUUAUGUGAGGUUGAGUGGUGGUGAGUAAAAAAUAUAUUUACUCAUUACGAAAUAACGAUUUGUAUAUAUUUAGCUAACAGAUGGGUGUAUACACAGCUCUGGUAUAAUAUGUUGCAAUCUUUGAGAAAAAAUUUGCUAAUAAUUCCGAUUAUAUCAUAUUACAGCUGUAAUGAAGUUUCUGAAAAUUCAACGACUUUAUUCAGAAAGAACUGUUGCAAUGAAAAGUUUUUUGUCGACUAAACUAUUUCAACUAAUUGCGAUCUUAAUAGCGAUUGAAAACAAAGAUGGAACGUGAUAUGCCACAGCUAUUAGUCUAUGAAAAUUGCCGUGGCCCUUGCAAUCACUUUUUUAUUGGUUAUUGUUAGUUGAUUAGUUAUUAGUAUCUUAAUUUAAUUGGUAUAGGUCUAUUAAUUAAACGACCUAUGUAUAAAUAUUAGUCAUAUAAUAGCGUUGGAGAAAAAGUAACGUGCUCUGGCGUAUGAGAUGGGUAAUCUGAUGUAUUGGAGAAAAAUUGUAGACGCAAAUGCUUUUACUGAUUAUGUAACUAAAUUAAGUUUUAUCUUAUACAUAUAUAUCGAUGUAAAAAUUCUAUAUUAUAAAUUAUUAUGUAAAAACAAUGUUUUCCCAGACACUGGAAAUAAUCUAUAACCAUUUACCUAGUAUUUAAUAGUACACAUAAUUGACGAGAUUAAUUCGCUAAUUUGUGAACUUUGUUUCCGCCUUUGAUUUGUUUCUUUGGUAAUUUUAAUUUUCCAGUUCAGCACUAGUAUGCAAUUAUUGCUGCGUUCAAAUGACCCUUGGUAUAUCAAUCAAUAUUGCAUUUUUCCCCAAAGCUCAAUAAGUGAAAUCAUAAUACCGUAUCAUGAAACAAACUUCUUUCACGUUUAAGCCCGUACAAAAAAAAUUCAAGGUGUACUUGCACAAAAUAUGCGUUACAAAUACCAAUUUAAAAACAUGUCGACAAAUAACAACUUCACUCAAAAUUGAAUAAUACGCUCGUGCUGAAGGCAAUUGAAUGCCAAAUUGAAAUAGGUAAAUAAUUUGUUGAUAAUUAAAAGUGCGUAUAAAUGGGGUAUGGGGGAGAGGGAGGAUUUCUAAUGAAGUUAUUUUAUUGUUGAUUCUUUUUUAGGAGUAAUGGUUUCUAAAGAAACGGAAUAAAAAGGUGAAAGAAAAGAAUAAUUUACAAACGUUGCGGGUAUGUAAUCAGAGAGUGUGAUAAACAUUGGUUUGCAAUUUUUCACGCAGGUAUAAAAUAAAACACCGACAAAUACCGUGAUUUAGAGGUAUUUAUCCGAUAUUUUUACGUGCGUAGGCAUUGUCUAACGCGGUGAAAAGAUGAUUCACAUACAACUUAUAUAUAUAUAUACAUAUAUAUAUAAUAAUAUAACGAAGAAGUAAAAAUAAUAAAAUAAUAAUAAUCACUUUCGUAUCAAAUAUUACGAACGAAAUUCAACAAAUCAAUUUUUUUUAAGUCCCACUCUUUGAACAAGGCUAUAUAUUUUACCGCAGAAGCGUAUAAUGGAAGAUGAAAUUUGAAAACUACAAAAAGAAAGAUAAAAAAUAAUCAAUAAACGCGUAGCUCUGAAAUUCUACACGAUAUCUGUCACAACAUUUUAUAAGUUGCAUCGGAGAAUAUGCGUGGAAAAAAAAUAAAUAGUUAUGAAAUGUGAAUUGUAUCUAUAUUUAUUGUGCAUAUAACGCGAAACUACAAAUAUUAACCAAUUUGAUUAAUUAUUAAUGUAUGGUAACGUUAAAUCCUUAUUUCCACGACGAUAAUUAUGUGAAUAUAUUGCUACAGUCCGAUCCAAAUAAUCAUCAAGCUUUUGUAACACUAAUUAUAAAAAAAGUAAUAGUAAUAAUCUUAAUAAUAAACUUAACAAUAAUACCAUCAACAAUAAUAAUAAUGGUAAUAUAAGUAAGAAUAACAGUAAUGAUUAUAUGAAUAAUAAAAUUAACAAUAAUAACAGUAACGGAAUAAUAUUAGAUACUGUGAUUAUUGCGAUUAUUGUCAUUACGAGUACUGAGCCUCACCAAAAAUGUUUGAAAAUUCCAGUUAGAAAAAAUUAAUUACGACGGUUUAAUACGCGAUCUCAAAUCGGUCAUUCGAGAUCAACAAUACAGGGUUCCUGUGAAACGGUUCUUGUUAUUGCGAAGGUAAAUUAUCAUUGUCUUGGAAGUCAUUUGUAAUAACUAAUGAAAUCUUAUACAAUUACUGUAGGAAAACCUUGCUGUGCUGCAAUAUAGGCGUAACGCUCUCUUUUAACUUACCGUCAAAGUACACUAGGCAGCAUUUAUCAUUUCGAUUGACAUCAUGAAUCAUCUUCUUAUUAAUAUUUUGCAAUUGGUUCACAACGAUAGAUUGAAAAUUUGGAUAUCAUCGAAUAGAACCAUUGGUGCACUACGUUAUACGUAAUUCGAACGACAAGUUCGCGUCAAAAGGCUGUAAAUUACAGUUUGUGCAAAUGCGUGUAAAGAUUUUUGGAUCCGCGCUCGGUACAAGAGUGAAGAGUGAUAUAUCCAAGUAAAUUAUUUAUGUAUCAUAUAAAUGAAAUUACCAAUUAAAUACCGAAGUAAAAUAUUAAUAAUAAUAACAGAAGUUGUUAUUAUUAUUAAUAAAACUGAUAACAAUAAUAAUUUUAAAAAAACUAUAAUCGUAAUCCUCUUCUCUAAGAAUAAUAAGAAGCGAAUACAAACAAAAAAUAUUUUGAAUGAUUGAGAACAAACAAUAAUGUCCAUGUUGCUAACGUAGCGGUGAGGUAGUUUUUGCAUAGAAUUUUAGCAACUAGUGAUUCGUUGUAGUUGGGAGAGUAAGAUAGCUUUUACGGUAGUCUAGAAUAGGUUUUUAGGUAAUUAUCAACCCUGUUCCUUUUCACUAGAAUACAACCCCCUUUGGGGCGACCGGAACUCUGAGUAAAGUCUGUGUUGCCAUUCAUCUAGAAUUAGAUAUGACCCAUAGGUGUUCUCCCGAGCGUUGGCUUUUCUUUUCUGUAUAAGUUAAAGAGAUAAGAAUCGAAGCAUUUUAUAAUUGUUGGCGCAAUUGAUAUUGUCGAUAUGAUAUUCAUUUGUCUUUUGUUCAUGCACGUCCAUUUAUCUGCUUUACCAGAUUAUAUCUAGCGAUCGAACGG